GGAGAGACACCACUUGACCUUGCUUAUCAAAGUCUGAAUCGCUUCAUGGUUUAUAUGGUAAAAGAGGAAGAAAGAAUGAGAAGCAGAAGAAAUAACAGGUUACUGAAAAUAAUAGAGAAAUACGAGCUCCUCCUGCUGUUGGCAUCUUCUUUGGCAUUGAUGUGGGCCAUAGGAUACGUAAUGAACUUAAGUUCUGAUUCUUGGCUUUUGAAAGGAGGUCUGCUUCUCUUCCUGCUAUUUGGGAUGGCUCUGUUUGUGAGGCAGUUUGUGGGGCUCAAGAAUCUAAGGUAUCUUCCCACAGCGCUUCUGCUAAGUUCAGUUUUUUGGAUGUCCGUGACCUGUUUUUUCUGGUUGCUGCUUGAUGUCACCUAUACAAUUCAUCAGAUCCCUGUCAUAUUCAGCAUGGUGGGUCUUCUCUAUUAUUUCUAUAAAACUUGGAGAACUGAUCCUGGAUAUAUUAAGAUGUCAGAAAAAGAAACAAAAGAGAACAUUGUAACUCUCGCAGAAGCAGGUUGCUUAAACUUCAGAACAUUUUGCACGUCAUGUCUUGUAAGGAAGCCUUUGAGAUCUCUGCAUUGCCUUGCUUGUGAUUCAUGUGUAGCCAGAUACGAUCAGCAUUCUUUGUGGAUCGGACAGUGCAUAGGCAUUGGGAACCAUCGUUACUACCUAUUGUUCCUGACUUUCUUAACUAUGACCGGUUUCUGGCUGCUGUAUGGAACUCUGCUGUAUUGGUCCAACCAUUGCACAACGAGUUAUCACCAAGAUGGAGCAUGGACGUACUUCACACAGAUAGUACAUUGUUCUCCCUGGGUUUCCUACAUCUUCGCAGUAGCCUGUUUUCAUACUGUAUGGGCUUCAUGGUGGCUAACUGUUCAGCUUUAUCAGAUUGCAUUCUUGGGAUUGACCUCGCAUGAGAGGAUGAACCUCCUGAUACAGAGAAACUCUUCUAAGCAUCCCGUUUCACUCAGGAGAACUCCGUACAAUCUUGGAUGCUUCCAGAAUCUUGCAGACUUUUUUCAGUGCCGUUGCUUUGGUAUGUUCAAACCCAACGUGAUUGACUGGACCAAGCAAUACAACCUUUUUCAUCUGGCAAAGGAGAAAAAUGUGCAUUCUGUAUGA